AUGGUUUCCGGUCUUCUCCUAGUCGCUGUUCUUGCCGGCGUAGCUGCCGCUGCAUGUCCUCUCGCGGUUAAUAUCGCCAGCGCUACUGAUCAUGUUACGGAAGUGACAGUUACCAACACUGGCAGUGAGGCUUUGACCGUGUUCAAGGGAAACACAGUUUUCAGUGAGCAUGCCACCAAGGAUCUUGUGGUUGCCGAUGCAGAUGGCAAAAUACUUCCAUUCGAAGGAAUUUAUGUCAACUACAAGAAAACUGGGCUUACUUCUGAUAUGUUUCAGACAAUUGCACCAGGAGAGAAGAUUACAACUUCGGUCAAUGCUGCAAAGACAUACAAUCUUGACGGUGUUGCGACCGCUCAAGUCUCUGCACUCCAGGGUUUCAAAUAUGUCACCGGAACUGCUGCUCCAUCGGCAUUGAAAGAUACUUCCUUUUGCGAGAGCUCAAGUUCAACUGUCGCUAUAACUCCAGAUCAGAGCAAAGUCAAGAGAGAUCACAUCUAUUCUGGUCGUGAUAGCACCGGUGUAUCUUCGCGCAUCCAAAAGCGUGCUGUAACCUACAGUUCAUGUUCUACAUCCCAAACCAGCUCCCUGAAGACCAGUGUAUCCGACGCUAUUUCCCUGGCAACAAUCUCCUACACCGCAGCAGCUACCGGCGCCUACUACUUCACCACCUGGUUCAAAUCUACCGCCGAAGAAACCCCUGUACGCAACAUUUACAACAAAGUCAAAGGCGUGCAAACCACCUCCCCAAAGAUCUCCUGCACAGACAUCUACAGUGACUGCACUGACGGGACCGCCCUUCUCUACACUGUACCAAGCGCCAACACGAUUGUUCCGUGCCCAAAUAACGGAUACUGGGAUUUUCCAGAGUAUGCUACUACUUGCGCUGAUGAUGAUUAUGACAAGGCUGGAAGUAUCUUGCAUGAAAUGACCCAUUUGUAUGGUACUACGGAUUGGGCAUAUGGACCUACUGCUGCGAAGGCAUUGACUGCUGCGAAGGCGGCGCAGAAUGCGGAUACUUAUGAGAUGUAUGCUGGGAGUGUUAGACUUGGUGGGUGUAAUUAG